CUCAUUUACAGCAAUUCAGACAUCAGUUAAACUUCCAAAAAAAAAAAACACCAACAUCUGGAAAUAACCGUGAGGUCAUAGUUAUUCCCACAGGGUUUGUGGGGUGAGAGUGGGAUGAUAAAUACAGAUUUACACGCUGUAGUCAUUUUCGUAGUGAUGCUGUCCAGUAACUCCGUCCCAUUGCUCCUCGGUUUCACUUCAGCACAGCAGACAGUUGAUGGAGGGGAGGGGUAAACCCACGUUCAGGAUUAGGCAGGGUUCAUAUGUGUGCGCACUGAGCGGCAGCAGCAACAGUUUCCCUUUGACGCAAAGAUUCCUGGACAGGCGCUGCAAUGGCUAAGAAAUACAAGCCGUGGAUGUUGUGCUGCUUCAUCUUGGCUGGUGUGAUUUGCGCGGUUGCCCUCAUCUGUCUUUGCAUCGUCUCACUUGUGGGCAGAGAGUGUCCCAGCGGGAGCUUUACGCACGCGGCUGUGGCUGCGGACUCGCGACUUUGCUCCGAGAUUGGCAGGAACAUCCUCCAGCAGGGAGGCUCGGCAGUAGAUGGCGCCAUUGCAGCUCUUCUGUGCACAUCUGUGGUCAACCCUCAGAGCAUGGGGAUUGGAGGGGGAUCUUUCUUCACCAUAAGAAAUAAAAAAGGCAAUGUUAAAGUCUACAACUUCAGAGAGACCGUCCCGCAGUCUUACAAAACUAACCUGUUAAAUGACUGUCCCAAAUCAUUCGGAGUGAUCACAGGCAGCCAGUGGAUCGGCGUUCCCGGAGAGCUGCGUGGUUAUGAGGCAGUUCACAAACAGUAUGGGAAGCUGUCUUGGGCCAAGCUGUUUGAGCCAACAAUUAAACUGGCCAGGGACGGCAUCCCUGUGCCAGCGUAUCUUGGACGACUUCUGGAGGACAGAUUAGUGAAAAAUCACGUGGAAAGUUCAUCUCUCUGUGAAGUUUUCUGCCACAAGAACAAAACCAUCCUGCGCACAGGAGACACCAUGAAGUUUCCUAAACUUGCAGAAACCAUGGAAACAAUUGCAAAGCAAGGGGCAGAUGCCUUCUACACUGGCAAGAUAGGACAUGACUUAAUCCAAGACAUACAAGCUGCAGACGGGACUCUAACAAUGGAGGACCUGAAGUCCUUCCAGGUACGGCUGGAGAAUGCAUUGACAGUCCGAGUGGGAAGCGCUCAGAUGCACAUCCCUCAACCACCAUCAGGGGGCCCCUUGCUCGCCUUCAUUCUCGGAUUGAUGAAAGGGUUCCCCUUGAGUCCAAACUCUCUGGAUGGUGACCAGAAGAUUCAGCUGUACCAUCGUUACAUAGAGGCAGUUAAAUUCGCUAAUGGACAAAAGCGAAGUGUUCGUGAUCCUGUAUUUAAUAACACAGAGAGUGCAGAUCAUUUGAUUGAUCCUGUCUUCACUGAUCACAUCAGGGGCAUGAUUUUUUUGAACCGCACCCAUGACAACUCCUACUACAGCAAUACCAAGCCCCCCCCUGAUCACGUUGGGACGACACACGUGUCUGUCCUGGAUGAAGAUGGACUGGCUGUCUCUGCCACCAGCACCAUAAACCAUUUAUUUGGAGGAGGCAUUUACUCUCCCAAAACAGGCAUCAUCCUCAACAAUGAGCUGUCUGACUUCUGUGACAGAGCAGACACAGUGAGGCCAGGUGAACGGCCUCCGUCCUCAAUGACCCCAGUAAUAUUGGAGUCAAAGUCUGGAGGACUACUUGUGAUUGGUGGAUCGGGAGGAAGCAUGAUCACCUCAGCAGUGGCCUUGUCUAUAAUUAAUCGCCUGUGGCUUGGGAUGAAUCUGACAGAAGCCAUUGCUGCACCUAUAGUGUUUGUUGACUCCAACAACAAUGUGAAAUUUGAGGAUCAUUUUGACAAGUCAGUGAAAGAUGGCCUCAAAGCUCUUGGACACAAACUUGUGGAAUGGAAAUACUUCUUCAAUGUAGUCAACGCUGUGGAAAAGGAGAAUGGAUGCAUUGUGGCUGUAUCGGACAGAAGGAAGAAUGGAGUGUCAGCUGGAUACUGACCUCACAGACCAGAAGGAAACACCACCUUCCCAAUAAAAUCUGCCCAAAUGACUGACUGAACCUUCAGCCUUAAGAACAGUGAAUACACCAGCAACAAAAUGUGAGGUGCUUGGGCUCUUUUCAGAUGAGAAACACAAUCAAUCAACAAACUGCUUGACUCAAAGGUCCAGUGUGGGGGGCAUCUAUUUGCAAGAAUGAUAGGUGUUAUUCAUAAUGUUUCCAUUAGUUGAUAAUGAAAAUAAGAACUGUUGUGAGUUUGUUACCUUAGAAUGAUCUGUUUAAAUCUACAUAUGGAGCGGGUCCUCUUCCACAGAGUCUACCAUAUUGUGCUACAGUAGCCCAUAACGGACAAACCAAGCACUGGCUCUAGAUAGGGCUAUACGCAAUUUUACGUUUUUGCCACACCCACUGUAGUUUACCUACAUGCUUGGCACAUAGGAGAAGUUGAAGUUCUGCAACCUCACAGCUAAAUGCCACUAAAUCGUGCACACUGGACCUUUAUGGGAUAAUUCCAGUUUAUUAUAACCUUGGUCUUCUUUUUGUACACAUCGGUCAGACAGCAUUGAACUCACCAUUGUAAUUGCACAGAUUUUUGAAAUGUGCAACAUGGCUCUAAAGAGGUCAGAUGGAGUGAGAAACACAAGUGGUCAGAUGAUCAGAUUAUCUAAACCUCUUGUCGUCCAAAGUUGCACAAAUUUUGCAAAUUCUUUGUGGUAUUUUGACUUUUUUCUUUUUUUAAUGUCUACUAUUUUCACUUUUGCACCAGAAAGGUUGAUAGUAAUUCCUCUUUGCACAGAAAAAACUGUGUGCAUGCACAACCACAGCAAGUGCUUUGGAUCAUCGUUGAACCAAGAAGUCGCUCUCAACUGUCAGAGACUGUUAUGCUUAAUUUCCACUGCAUGGUUCAGCUCAACUCGGCUUGUCUUGACUCAACCCACUUUUGGUACCAGGCGCUAUUCUCCUUCUCGUUUUUCACUGCAGAUAGUACCCCUCAGUGCAGGCAGGACUCUCAUCUGAUCAGCAUAGGAACAUUGAUGAAACUGUCGUGACAUCAUCAUCAAUGCAAUACUUGCAGAAUUGUUUCAUUAGCAACAAUGUCUACUAAGGAGGCAGGUUGGGGUGGUGGAUUGGUUACAAAACACAGGACUUUUCCUAGGAGAUGUGUCUUUGGACCCAUGUAAACUCAGAAUGAACUUUGAGUCAUUUUAAGGUAAUUUAAGGUAAUAACUUUACCUCCCCAGACCAAACCUCUGUAACUUUAUGUUAAGGACAAAACUUAAUUUUGGAGCGCUAAUUCGAAGGAUGUCAUACGAACUGUUCUAUGAGGAUACGUUGACCAGGUACUAUCCACAACUUUUGCCAAUGGAAAACCAAAACAGACCAAGUCAAGUUGAGCAGAGCCAUGCUGUACCAUUCCAUGCAGUGGGAAUGCAGCAUCAGAGACCGACUUCUUCCCCCCAAAUGCACAGUUCAGGAAAUGAUCCUAAAAGUUCUUUCUUGAUAUUUUAAACAGCAGUUCAACAAAAUGAUCUUAACUCACUGUCCACAUAUUAGGUUUUUCUGAAAUUUUCAACUGCAUCUCACAGUCUUCAUCACCAAAUGGAGUCUGCUCUGUUGUCAUGACAAUUGAGAUCUCUGGAAAAGCCAAUAAAUAGACUAUGAAGAAAAUUUGGGUAGCAUUCACCCCCAAGGUUUGACAAAGACAUUCGAGUAACCAUGGAAACUGUUUUAUUGACUGACUACUUGGGUUUCUUACCCUGUCAGUGUUCUUUUUAGUGAUGUUGUGAUAUUCCCAGAUCUUAGUAAUAAACUUGGUGACUGCUACUACAAAAAUAAGACCCAAGUUGUGAUAAUAAACUGGACUCACCCUUUGAGCUGAUCAGACUGCUUCAUAUAUAAAGCCUUUUUUAAUACAGCCAGUCCUCACACACAUGCUGACACACCCUGUGUUGUAGGAUUACACACUCCUGACCAAAGUGUACGGUUGCAGCAGCAAGCCAUAAAAGAAAAUCUGCUGCAGUCCGACAAAACAAAACCAACCGCUGCGUCAUGCUAGGUUUGUUAAUAUCACCGAGUGUUUUAUUAUCUGACUGACAAUCUGCAUAAAAACUGUUUAUUACAGAUGAGCCAUGUAACCCUUUUGAAGUGAAAUCCUGAUGGACAUGUGAGUUAAAGGCCCAAACAGGGAACAUUUACUGUGACCUUAAAGAUUAUGCUGUAUGUGAAACAACCCUGUUCAAGGCCCUGAGGAUGUUGUGAUCUUUGUUUGAAGAUCAAGAAAUACUGUAGAAAGAAAAAAAAAGUUGAUUCACAAUGAACACAAUUUUCUAAAAAAUAGUAAGUGUAUUUUUACACCACCAACAUGUCAUUUUGUAUUUUCUGUGUUUUAAUGUGUCAAAAUGUUUUGUAAAAUAACUACACAUUUUUACAAGUAUUAACUGUGAAUAUCUGUGUUUUCACAAUAAAAAAUAAGAGUCCAAACAAA